AUGCCACCCCCACAGUCGAGACGCCACCCCCACAGUCGAGACGCCGCCCCAACGGUCGACGCCGCCCCCACAGUCGAGACGCCGCCCCCACAGUCGAGACGCCGCCCCCACAGUCGAGACGCCGCCCCCACUGUCGAUACACUGCCCCCACAGUCGAUACACUGUCCCCACACACGAUACACUGCCCCCACAUUCGAUACACCGCCCCCACAUUCGAUACGCCGCCCCCACAUUCGAUACGCCGCCCCCACAUUCGAUACGCCGCCCCCACAGUCGAUUCGCCCCCCACAGUCAAGACGCCGCCCCCACAGUCAAGACGCCGCCCCCACAGUCAAGACGCCGCCCCCACAGUCAAGACGCUGCCCCCCACAGUCAAGACGCCGCAGCCACAGUCAAGACGCCGCAGCCACAGUCAAGACGCCGCAGCCACAGUCAAGACGCCGCAGCCACAGUCAAGACGCCGCCUCCACAGUCAAGAUGCCGCCUCCACAGUCAAGACGCCGUCCCCACAGUCAAGAUGCCGCCCGAACAGUCAAGACGCCGCCCGAACAGUCAAGACGCCGCCCGAAUAGUCAAGACGCCGCCCCCACAAUCAAGACGCCGCCCCAAGACGCCGCCCCCACAGCCAAGACGCCGCCCCCACAGUCAAGACCCUGUCCCCCACAGUGA